GGAUGCUUUGAGAAUCCAUACCAAAGAUGGCGCUAGCUGUUGGACUUUCGAGAUCUAGGGCAAAGGUCUUCCAGCCAUUUAUGUGCUGUGUAAAAAAUACUUGUAAUCUGUUAGCAGCAUCACAGGUUCCAAAUGUCUUUCUGUGUUGUCAUCGUCGCACACGGACACCUCUUCCACUGCGCUACCAGUACAUGGACCGGUAUCAAUAUGGACUUUAUGCCAAGCAACCUGCCCUGAUAAAAGAUGCAGCCCUGGAGUCUGCGCGCCUGGCCAUCAUCAGGGCAACCAAGACAAAGGACUUGUUCAUGGUUACAGCAGACAUACCAGUGACAAGGAAAGCUGUGGGGAGUAGAAUGGGAAAAGGAAAAGGAAAACUGGAUCAUUAUUUAGCUAAUGUCAUGGCUGGAAAGGUUAUAUUUGAGUUUAAUUGUGACAAUGAAACUCAAGCUAUGGAAGGUAUGAAGCAAGCAACAUACAAACUUCCAGUCUGCACACAAGUUAGAAUUAAACCCUCAGGAAAGAAGGAGAUAUGGAUGGACUUCUGAAGCAUGCAAAUAAGUCGCAAGAAAUGACACUUUUCCCUUAUAUAGCCUUUGUGCAUGCUGUCUGCUUGUUGGAAAGGAGGGCUAGGCAGAGGUGGUGGAGUGUUUUGAAACAUGAGGGGGCUCAUUGUUAAGCCAAGCGUUCACCUCUACUCGUAUUCUCUAAAAUGUCUUUUGCGUUGUUUGUUUGCAGAAACAAACUUCUUUGCAAUGUCUACUGUGUUCAAUAUGUCUGUAAUAGACUUAUGACAAUGCAGACAGGGGUAGUUGUUUAGACGAUCCUUCUUCAGGAUGCUUUUAAGGAACACAAGCUGGAGCUGUUCAAAAAUUCCUACGAAAUAAUAUUUUGCCAAGCGCAAGCAUGAUAAAAUGAUUUGUGAAAAGAUCACGAAACAGAACGUUUUGUCGAACUAAUUUUAAGCUGUGCUAGCAAUAUUUGUGGCACUGAAAGAUGGGGGCAUUGAGCCCCCCAAAUUUUCGUUUGGGGGGACAACAGUCCCCCUGCCCCGCUGCACUGCUGCCUAUGGUAGGAAAGGAGGGGCAGUGUUGGAGUUGAAUAAGAUGCAAAAACCUUUCCCUCUCUCCCGAUCGAUCGACACUCGACCGUGGAUGCCUUUACGACACAUGAUCUGUUUUCCCUUCGGUCUUGAUGAUCACAAAAGUAUGUAGAUGACAUUUGUAGCAAAGGUGUCAUAAUUCUCAUUGACUUACCCAAAACAUAGGAAAUUGCGGUUCAGUUUUGAACAGCUUUUGGCCAUUAAUUCUACUUUUUGGUUUCCCAGUCUUCCAUUUGUGUUUUUCAACAGGUUGAAAUGAUAAUUUAGCGGUUUUGCUUGAUAUCAAGACCAGUUAAUUUGCAUAGUAAAAUCCCAUCAAACCGUA